AUGCCGUUUCAUGAACGAUUGUUACAGAACCGAUGCGAUGUGAAACUUACUCAGAUUGUUACAGUGACAACAUUUGAGCCCUUUAAAGGGAUAACUGAGCUCCUUUCUGCUAAACCAAUAGUAGGAUUCACGUCAACUGAGUCAAAUAAAGUUGAAACGUCAGGUUUGGUUACCAUCAGUCUUCAAAGAACUAAUCAAACAAACAUAGAAACAACAGYGACCUUAGUUUUAAGCGGAACCGCAACCAAGGAUAGUGAUUACGUGCUAAUACCAGGAUCAUUGGUGGUAACUUUUCCGGCUAAUGAUGCAUCAAAUCAAAAUAUCAAUCUUUUUAUACUCAAUGAUAAACUUGUUGAAAAGGGAGCUCGUGAAACUAUUAUCUUUACGAUUCAAAACGAUAAUGCUUUCGAUGGGAAGGAGAACUUCACGAGACACACAAUCAACAUUGCAGAUGAUGAUGUCAAUAUUACUUGUCGAAACACUCAGAUCAAUGAGUCUGCGGAAACAGCUAAAGUCCAAAUAACCAGGUCCGGGUCAUCACAAGCCUUGAAUCUUACCCAUUCUAUCGGAUGCUCCACGGAAGAUGGCAGUGCAUCGGCACCAAGCGAUUACACCUCAGAAGAGUUUGCUAUCAGCUUCACAAGUUCCAACAAUGUUCAACAAAUGAGUAUUCCUAUCAUAAAUGAUUCUAUUCCCGAGGCAGACGAAAAUUUUACAGUCAAAUGUUUUACAGGUGACGUAAGAGUACAGAUACAAAGCUCUUGUCAGGAUGCUUUGGUUACCAUUCGAAACGACGACACCUACGUAUUCUUCUGUCCUGGUGGUUUUCCACAAAACGUCGGCGAAGAAGACAAUCGUUUUUGGGUCGAUAUUUGUCGUGUUGGUGUCCUGGAUACAUCACCUACUGUUAAAUUAUGUACAACAAGCGAAGGAGGAAACAGCCCAUCAAUUAAAGCAGAAUGUAAAGAUGUGGCUUUUACAGUAAAUAGCGACAGGGUACCUGGUACUAUUAUUAUUAUCAAUGAUAAUAUAGGAGAUACAGAAAUCCAAACGUUUGAAAUCAACUUGAGAAAGCCGUCUGGUUCUGAUGACUUCAAAAUUAACGAUACAGCCAGUUAUACCGUCACUAUUAGGGACAACGAUAAUACCUUUUAUCUGACGAACGUUACUGAGUUAUCGAUGACUGAAGGUACUGGAUCACCUAAUGUUACUCUCACUAUCAAAAGAAAUGGAAGAAUAUCAGUAGCUUCUAGUGUCAGAGUACAACUCAUAUUUGACACAGCUGAGAAUGCAGAUUGCAUUGGUUCAAGCACCAAUGACAUCAAAUUUGCAGCAAAUGAAGACAACAAAACYAUAACAGCCUGUACAGUGGUGRAUGACAGACUGAUAGAAGACGACGAGACUUUCAAGGUUAAGAUAUCAGGAGUGUCUCCGAGCAAUGUUGAGAGUGGAAAAUCUGAAAGAGUUGUCAAAGUCAUAAGUGAUGAUGUGAAUAUUACAUGUCAAGGUGCAUCACUGAAAGAAGCCAAUGGUCCUGCUACUGUGAGACUGGACAGAACUGGAGCAACCGCAUUCACUGCUAAUAAUAUCUGGUGCAGCACUGCCGACGGUACGGCUUUAAGCCCGUGCGACUACACAUCUCAAUCUUCAGCCACAGUCUCAUUUGCAUUCAAUCAAUUGAYUAAAAACUUUUCUGUGGUUGUUAGAAAUAACAGAGUAGUCGAGACAAAUGAGAGUUUUACAGUUACUUGUAACACUUCUGACGCAAGAGUGGUUGUUGAUCCGUCCUGCAUUGGUAUACAGAUAAAUAUCAURAACGAUGACAGCUUCGUUUACUUCUGUCCUGGAUAUUUAACUUCUAUUGAAGAAAACGUUGGGUCCUACACAGUUCGRCUUUGUCGUGUUGGUGUGCUUGAAGACACUCACACUGUGCGACUGUGCAGAAGUUCCGAUUCAGUCUCUCUGCCGCAUGAUUACCCAGCAGUACAAGCACAGUGUGAUAAUAUAGUGUUUAMAGCCUACGACACGGUAAAAGAACUCGUCAUUCCUGUGACUAACGACACUUGGGGCGAACAAGAGUACAAAACAUUCAACGUUUCCAUAAACACUACCGACUCUCGCGUCACCUUCAACGAUACAACAAGUUACGUUGUUACCAUACACGAUGACGACAGUAAGUACACGUUUUGUACUAAAACAAAAAGUGUAGUAUAG